UCAAAUUCUGUAAUUUCUCAAAACUCACGGAUGUUCGGAACCAAAGUACUAGGCACUUUCUCAAGUUCUACGAGUGCACUUUGGACAUCGACAGAGAGAUCGUUGUAGACAAAGACACAACUCAACGCAAACAACCAGGUACCAAAACCCAAUACCCAAAUCAUAUCUAAAUCUUAUUUUUGUUUUUUAAGAUUGUGCCUCCAUCUCAAUCUCCAACUUUUAUGGAUGAUUCUUUCUUCUGGGUUCAACUAAUCACUAUGAAAGUUUAGGGUUUAUAUUGGGUUUUUCAUCAUUCCCCGUUUGGUUGCUGAGAAAAAAAGGUAGGAAUCGAAAAAGUUAAAGUUGGGUUUGUUUCUUUAUCUGGGUUGUAUAAAAGCAGUAAUGUGAAUGUCCACUCAUUUUUGCCCAACAAACAGUUUUGGAGAAUAGGGUGUUAAAGACAGGAAUUUUUGUUCCGGGGUUUUCUUGAUUUUUUUUUGAGUAACCAAACAGGGUGUUAAUGUUCGUGAAAUGGCACUUGGGUUUUUCUCGAACAUACAAAAUCUAUGGCCUUUUUCUUUGCUGAAAUAUGAUGACUUGAGAUUGUCUGAUGAACUGGUUCGUAAACUUUCGGUACCCGAACAUACAAAACGUUUCAUUUUUGCGGUUCGUGAGCCCGAAACACAGUCUGUGAUUUAUAUAUUGGCUGCUCAGAAUUUGUCCGAGCGAUCAGCCAUAGAUGCUGAGUGUUUAAUUAGGGAAGUUAGACCUGAUGCUGUUGUGGCCCAGGUGAGCAAUUCAUCCCUUACAGAAAUUCAAUCUGAAGAGAGUGAAUUGAGUGAUGGUGCGGUUCCCACUUCUUCGUUUGGAGUGCUUAAACGAUGUUUUGUUGAUAAGAUUAAUAAGGAGAGGUAUGAAUAUGUUGCUGGCAACUCUGUUUUGCGAGAGAUUUUUGGGACUAGUUUUCAUGGACAUCUUUUUGCAGCCAAGAGGGCAGCUGAGGAGGUUGGAUCCUCAUUCUUGGUGCUUGAAUCACCCUCUGUGAAGUCUCCUGUUGGGGAUAACCCACCGGAGGAAAUUGACACGGGGUACAAGUUUCAAGGUUUAGUUAGUAGUUUGGUUCCUCAGAAAGCGGGUUCUGUUGUUCUUUUGAGUUCAAAGAGAUUUUCUCUAACGAAUGAUUUUCAGAAGCAGAUGGUGAAGUUGUUAUCACCGUAUUUGGAUCUAUCAAUUCCGAGGUUUAGUCACUCAACUUCUGCAUCGGAGGUGGGUUCAAAGGAAAUUCAACCUAUACGCAGUUAUGAGGCACCGCCAUUUGCUCAGUCCAUUUAUCCAUUACUCGAGGAUCUACAUAAUAUAUUUUCUGACCUACCAUCAAUUGGGAAUGCUCUGGCUCAUGCACAGAAAAUGCUUCUUGAUGUUAACAGAGGUGAAAUUGUGGACAUUAGCAUCCUAUCUGAGGUCUACACCUUUCGAAUUGCAGUUGAGGGGCUGAGAGUUGCUCUAAACAAUGCUGGUCGGUUACCCAUUAACAAAAUAAGAAAUUCCAUGCCAGCUAAGAUUGAUUUUUCAGAGCUUCCAUUUGAGGACAAGUCACAUGCACUCUUUGCACAGGCCCUUCGGAGUCAGACUAAGAAGUUCCAGACCAUAGUGGCAGUAGUUGAUGCUGGUGGCUUAGCCAAUCUAAGGAAACACUGGAACACUCCUGUUCCUCUGGAGGUCAAGGAUUUUGUCGAACAGCUUGGUACAAAUUGUGAAGGGGAUGGGGAACUUUCAAAUCAUAAUGAGGGAAAACGAUUAUUAACAGGUAAACCUGUGGUGGCAGUUGGAGCCGGGGCAACAGCAGUUUUAGGAGCUUCAUAUGUCUCCAAAGUUGUUCCUGCAUCGACUGUUGUGAAAGUUCUAACAUUCAAAGUUCCUGCUUCACUUAAAAUCUUACUGUCCCAAACUCAGAAGGCGACAUCCCUAGCCUUUGGCAAGACUUUUGGGACAUCAAAAGUUGUAGCUCCAAGUAUUGCAAGUUAUGGAGCCAAAACAACAUCUAUCUUUAAGGCAACUGCUUCUGCUGAAAAGAUCCGGCUAGUAACCCACAGUGUUAUAGCCUCUGCUGAGAAGACCAGCUUUUCAGCUAUGAGAACAGCAUUCUAUGAAAUAAUGAGGAAACGGCAGGUACGGCCAAUUGGUUUGCUACCAUGGGCAACAUUUGCGUGUAGUAUUGCAACUUGCAGCAGCUUGCUUGUGUAUGGAGAUGGAAUUGAAUGUGCUGCUGAAUCACUUCCUUCAGCUCCAUCAAUUGCCAGUUUGGGAAGAGGGAUCCAAAGCUUACACCAGGCGUCUCAGUCCGCUAUUCAAGCAGAUGGCACCAGAAUACAGAAAUCUAUAGAAGCCCUAAUAUACAGAUGGAAGAAAGUAAAGGUGCAAUAAAGUAAGAAUGUGAUUCUAUUUGUACACUUGUUCAUCUUCUUCAUAAAGUGAUGCCUGAAUACAGUUCAGGGAAAUAUACUGUACAUGUAAAGUCUACUAUAAGGUUGUUUUUAUUGGGUUUUUAUUUCUGUUUUGUAUCAGGAAUUCAUUUUUUCUCCA